GAAAGUAUGGAAACAACGACGCAGAAUUCACUCUGUGGCCUGAGAGACUCCUCCCAUAAGAUCCAACUCCGACCGAUACUUCACCCUUUUAUCCGUCGUGGUGACUCGUUUGACUACUCGCACCUGCCCCGACUGCGACUCCUCGACGUACACAUCCUGGGUCAGAUCGCGCUUCCUAGUCCAUACUAUUACUCUUCUGUUCUCCUUCUCUGCUUGACCGGGGUUAUGCUGCAGGAUCUCUCUGUUGCAGUUCUCGGAGAUGACAGUAACGUCGAGUCUGAACCUCUCAGCUAUUUGAUCCAUGGUUUUGGAGACAGAGGUUGGAUAAGGCUGAAGCGAGGCUGAAUAUAGCCAGUCACCUGGCCUCGUGCCCUUAAAGUGCGUAACUGCCCCUCAUCAGCCCAACAACAUUUUCAUUCUCAUGGAUCCUGUGUCUUUGGCUCUGUCUAUUGUCGGGGCCUUGGAUAUAUGCCUCAUGUACGGCAAGCGCCUCGUUGAACUAUGUCGUGACAUACGCAACGUCCGAAACGACAUCGCCCAGAUUGCCUUGGCUAUCGAAGGUGCAUGGCUGAAGACAGAGGUCCAGCUGGGUUUGUUGAAGCGCUUAUCGAGGUCUGGAUCGUUAGACCCUGCCUUGAGUGCCCAUUAUGGAAAGGCUCUUCAGCGACUGCGGGUGAAGAUUUCAGGAGCUGUGACGGGGUUUGAGGCGGUCCACAAACGCUCGGUUUCUGCUACUAAGUUUCCCCACAAUGCGUGGACUGUUUAUUUAAAGCGACAUCUUGAGGAAGUGGUUAGUGAUCUCGAAGAAUGGCAGCGCCGGUUCGAUCCGUCGUGGUAUCUUAUUACUUUCAUUGCGAGCCCUCUUGUGGACAAGCAGUUGGAGUCAAAGCAUGAGGAGCCUUCAGCGGCAAGGCUGUUGGAAAUAAGAGAGGCUGUGAGACAGAUUUCGUCUACGGAGAAUGCGACAAACGAACCUGUCUUCAAAAGUCCGACGCUUGUAGAAGAACAGCGCCAGCAUAUCUCGGGCACUAACACCUAUAUCUCUCGCUAUGUUGACAGUAGAUGGGAAAUCCUAUUAGAUAGUACGAGCUACACCCUCAGAUCAGCUUCGACAAGCAGAGCCCAUGUCAGAGACCUAGCACGACUCCUCCACCAUGUUGUCCCCCCAACAUUCAGCCUCUUGAAAUGCGAAGGUGUGAUCGAGGUCCUUACAGACCAAGAUACCCAAUACCAGUUCAUCUUUGGGAUCCCCCUCGGUCUAACUUCCCCGAGAACCCUUCGCAGCCUUCUUAUGGAAUGCCCACUUAUCUCCCUGAGCAAGUGCGUCCAACUCGCUAAGCAACUCGCCCGGUCCAUUAUGUUCGUCCAUACAACCGGCUUCGUGCACAAAGGGAUUCGCCCGGAAACAAUUCUUAUCUUCCACGAAGGUAAUCAAGAUAUCGGUCCUUCUUUCCUGGUUGGGUUCGAGCGUAUCGGACGUGCAGAAGCUCAGACUGAUCUACUUGGCGACCUGGAGUGGGAAAGGAACAUCUACCGACAUCCCGUGCGGCAGGGGCUUUGGUCCGAAGAAGCGUUCAUCAUGCAGCAUGACAUUUAUAGUCUUGGAGUCUGUCUGCUUGAGGUUGCGCUUUGGGUAUCUUUUGUUCGCCAUGAUGGCAACGGGAUGACCACUCCUUGGUCUGACCUGGACAUCUAGGAUGCCAUCUCAGAUAAGAUCCCGGCGUGGAGGAUUCGCCAUG